ACCCGCAUGCCUCAUAUCAGGAGAAGAAGACCGUUACUGGGGCAACGUCAACAUCAUCUCGAGUUGCUGGCUCUCUAGCUAGCUAGCGUUUGGAAUUUUAGCGUUAAUUUACAUUUUCUCUUUGCCAACAAAACGGUGUUUUCCUGUUGGAACAUUUGGAGACAUCUCCAGGACCGAGAAGGAGUUCUGUUUAAGGCAGCAUGGCGAGUCAGCGUCCUCCCUCCAGCAUUGGCCGCCCGCUGAGCCGCAGUGGGUCUGUGGUGCCUGGCGCUGGAAGACCCACAACUGCUGUCCGACCUCCACCUACAGCUAUCCGUGUUGCAACUGGGAUGGUUCCAGGUACAAGCGGCCAUCCUGGUAUGAGGGGCGGCAUGCCCACCACUGGAGUGCUCUCGGCACAGAUCAAAGUGACGGACAGGCCUGUGACCCAGCAGGGGCUCAGUGGCAUGAAGACUGGCAUGAAAGGACCUCAGAGACAGAUUCUGGAUAAGUCCUACUACUUGGGCCUUCUUAGGAGUAAGAUCAACGAGUUAACUACAGAGACCAGCAAACUGCACAAAGAGAUUGACAACUACAAACAGGAGAAUUCUGUUUAUCUCUCCUACGAGAAGAGAGCCGAAGGCGUGGCUACAGAGACUAAGGAUCUUCUCGGACAGCUUGCUGACUACAACAUGCUGGUGGACAAGCUUAACACCAACACCGAGAUGGAAGAAAUGAUCAACGACUACAACAUAUUGAAAGCCCACAAUGACAGUGAGGCUGAAAGCAUUGAUAGCAUCUUCACUGAGAGGAGAGAAAGAGAGGAGGCCAUCAGGGCGAUCGAAGAAGAGAUCAGGAGGGAGCGGCACGUCGCUGAGGAGGUCGUCCAGGCGAUGCCGGCCGCAAAGCAAGAAAAGUAUUUCACCAUGACAACAGCCAAUGAGGAACUGCUCCAGGAGCUGACUGUUCUCCAGGAGGAGCUGGACAUUCUGAUAACCAGGAAGGAGGGCUACGAUGCUGAGCUGGCCCACUCACACAUAAAGCAGGAAGUGGUUCGGCUUCACGAGACUCUGUCAGUGCUGGAGGCGAAGCGUGACGCCAUGGAGGCGGAGCACAAGAGCCUGGGCUCCCCCCAGGAGGAGAGGGAGCAAUUAUUCAGACAGGUGAAGGAAGACAACCAGGAAAUCGCCGGCAUGGAGAGACAGCUUACAGAGAUCAGGGACAGGAUGGGACAAAUCACAGAGGAGGUCCGGCAGCUGGAGCAAGACUCAGAGGAAGCUCAGGGGGAGUGUCAGCAGAAAUACAAAGAGCUGAAGAGGAAAGAGGAGGAAAUUGACCGGUACCUGGAGUCAUUUGAGGAGUCGAGGGCUCAGGAGCAGGACAAGAUGACACUGAGUCAGGAGAACAUCGUCUCCCUCCUGGAACACUGCAGCAGGAACAUGUUGCGGCUACAUCAGGUGGAUACAGUGACCGCCAGUGAGCUGAGGAACAUGCAGGAGGUGCUGGUCAGUAAGGAGACAGAGGUGGUCCAAUCAGAGAGCACUGCCAGAGGACUGACGACUGAGUCCCAGCGUCUGCAGCAGGACCUGGAGAAGGUGCAGCAGCUGGAGGGGAAGAUCACGGGUGAGCUCAGCACCCUGCAGGAGCGCGUCAGUACCAUGGAGUCUGAGCUGGUCACCUACCGGGACCUGGACGCCCUGAGGCACACGGCGGAGGAGAAGAAAAAGAGGCUGCAGGAGGACCGCGUAUCGCUGACUCAGCGACGGGAUUCCUUCAGACAACUGUUGGAGGAAAUGAACCAGAAAUAUGAAGCUCUGAAGACCACGCUGCAAGAAAACGAGACUCACGCUCAGCUGGCUAACCUUGAGAGGAAAUGGCAACACUUGGAGCAGAACAACUUUGUGAUGAAAGAGUUCAUCGCCUCUAAAUCUCAGGAGAGUGACUACGCCUCGGUGGCCACGAACGUCUCCCAACAAGUGGCAGAGUACAACAAGACUCUCAUAGACUUCUUGCAGAACAAAUAAACAUGUUACACUUAAGAUGUCUGCAGUCUGACAAUACAUUUCAGUUAAGUCAUGAUAAAGAUGUUAUUCUAAAGACAAUGAAAUAUUCAGUUCAUACAGUUUUUCAGUUUUUGAUCAAAAUGGCACUGUUUUGUCCGUUAUAAAAAUACCUAAAUGUGUCUUUGUAGUCCCAGCUCUAAAGUAUUUAUCUACUAUAUUUUGUAUUUCAAUGUAUCGGAGAUACUUCCAUGUCUCUACAUGUCUGUGAACGUCUCUUUUCAGCCCUCGCUUAUUUGAAUAAAGACGUUUUGAGAACAUU